CGAGCGAAGCAACAAGAAGGAAGAGGAGCAAUGGCGACACUGGAUCGCCCGACACCGAGUCCGGUCAGCUUCCUGUGCGAGCCCUGGUCCUCGUUCGUCGGCGCGGCUGCUUCACCUGUCGUUGUCAACUCGAGCCCGGACGACAGAGACGAAGAGCUCCCCCCCCCCCUCAGAGAAGCUGCUCCGCUCCGCCAGCAAGAAAUGUUCGUCGACAGCCAGUUUCCUGCACUGGAGGAUUUAACUCUUGUUGUGUGCCAUGUCUGCGAUAAGGUGGUCACUCCUCAGGGCAUACUCACACACUAUGGUAGCUGGGGUGUAGUUUCCCUGUGAGACAGACAGAGACACAGAAAGUCCUGGACCACACCCCCCUCCCAUUCCCUCCCCACCCUGCUCCCGCAAAGACAUGCAUAGCAAAAACCAGAAGCGCCACAGCUCCCCUGCCCCCCCCAGGAGCCCCCUGGUCCCCAUGAAGCCCAAAGUGCCGGCAGUGGCCCCGGCUGUGGCUCCCAGUCCUGGAGACACGCUGCCCUUCAGGGUCCCCAAAGACUUCCCUCACUCCCGCUUCAGCAAGGCGCCACUUGCCGUCUAUCCACCGAAGGGGGCACGGAGCAAGACAUGCGUCUCGCUUCCGGUCGUGACCUUGGAGAAGAUGCCCUGCCUCAGCCGUGCCGACUCGGCUUCACGCGUGCGCCUCACCACCUCCUCCCUCCCUCCCUCAGCCUCCCAGCGCUCCAGUGAAAAGCUCACGAAUGGCCGAGGCGCCAGCGGGCCGCCCACGCCACGCUCCACCACGCCCCCGGCCUCUCUGGACCGGCGGCCCAGUCCGGCACGCUCGCCGCUGGACAAGCGGCCGACGUCCACACCCUCUCCCUCCCAGCCGGAUCGAAAACCCUCCCCGUCACCUUUGCUCUCUCACCGACCUGCCGCCUUAGCAGCAUCAUCAUCAUCAUCGCCGCAGGAUAAGAAGCACCAGAAUGGGACUAAGACCCCCCCCAAGUCGCACAAAAGGCUUUCAGGCAGAGUGUUUGAUCCUAACAAGCACUGUGGAGUCCAGGACCCGGAGACGAAGCGGUCCUGCACGCGCUCGCUCACCUGCAAGACUCACUCCCUGACCCACCGUCGAGCCGUUCCCGGCCGAAAGCAAAACUUCGACAUCCUCCUGGCCGAACACAAGGGGCGAGCGAAGGAGGGGGAGAAGGAGAAAGAAAGAGAGGCAGCGCAGGGGAGUCCCAGCAAGCCUCACUGCCCGAACGGACGGCCGCUGUCCACGCUGAAGCUGCGACUGGCGAAUGCACACAUACCCAGGGCUCCAGGCGGCUCCACCACCUACACUUCCACCCCUCUGCCCCCAGCACCGGUGCCCGCCCCGGCCCCUAACCCCGAGCUGUCCCCUCUCAGCUGGGUGGCGUCAGCGGGAGACGGCGGUCGCCUUUCCAGCGACGAGGGAGAGGCCGAGACUCCAGAGGACGCUGACAGACCUGCCUUUCACUACUCCAACCACCACCCACAGCCUUUAGGGGUUUGCGUAUUCAGCAGCAGGCUCAUGGGACGGGGCCAUUACGUGUUCGACAGGCGGUGGGACAGGAUGAGGCUGGCGCUCCAGAGCAUGGUGGAGAAGCACCUCAACGCACAGAUGUGGAGGAAGAUGCCUCUGGCCGCGGACAGCCUCCUCUCCUCCUCGUGUCCUUCCUCCGUCACGUCACAGCAGAGCUCCUCCGUCACCUCCCCCUCCAACUCCCCCUCCUACAUCGCCACCUUCCCUCAGUCCACAGCCACGGCCGGAGUGGUCAGCAUCCCAGAGGCCGCGGCACAAGACCACGCCCCCAUCUCUUCACCGGGUAAAGCCAGUAACGGCACCCACAGAACCAGCCGCCCAUCCAAAGACACAGACACUGACUCCGCAACGGGAUGUAAGAGGAGAAAGAACUCUUUGUACUUUUCCUCCUCCCUUUCGUCUCCUUCUUCACUGAUUUUGACUGUGGAUAAUCACAAGAGGAAUGGCAGCAGCCACCACACGACAUCGCAAGGUUCACGGGGGGCCGCUCCCUCCUCGGCCAGGAGAAGGGGACUCGGGCGUGGGGGGAGCGGGCUUUGGCGCAGCGGAGAUGACUGGCUAUCGAAAUCUGACGGGUCGCAAAGCCUCAACUCGCAGAGCAGUCCCAGCGUUGGCACCACCAGUGUACCCUACUCAUCUGGGGAGCUCGCCUCCACGCCUCAUCAGCCCCCGGCCCCCCCCUCUGGACCCCUGGCUUAUGCCGGAGGAGUAGAGGGGAGGAAGAGGAGGAGUCCAGGCUCGUACAGAGGGAAGGCCAGCAAGCUGAGCAAGCCGGGCGGACUCGAGAGCCUCUUUGGGAAAGGAAACGACAUCGGCGGGAUACCCGCGUCAGGGCCAGAAUCUCCAAGACAGGCCAAGUUACAUCACUGACAGGAACCUGUGUCACGGACAGAAUGUUGUGCAGCUGUGGAGGCCAGCACCGUUAGUGACCUUUGACCUCGCCACUCUUCCACUGACAUCACCGAUCAGACUGCCUCUUCUCGGCGAUGUCAGCCCUGUUUACCCAAUGACCGUUCAGUUCGGGACUUUGGAAUCUUUUGCCUACGGUCGGUCUGGCAGAUAACUUCCACUCUCCGUUUUCACUAUGGAUCUUUCUUUUUUUGAUGGACAGCUGCCGCACAUCACUGUGGUCGUGAUAUUUCCAGAAACAAGACAGAAAAACCUUUCCUCUGAAAAGGGAAUUUGCCUCACAGCGUUUUUACGGCAUUGUUAAUCUUGUACAAUCCACUGUACAAUCUUUGGGAUCAGACUUCAUUUUCUGGUUGUUGUGUUCAUGUUCCCGGUUGCUGUGUUCAGUCAGCGGACAAGGAAAGAGGUGUGUGAUUGUUUUGUGGAGUUAAAUGGUUGAAGGACCUAUUGACACGACGACUGUAGGACUCUGACUUCACCUACGCCACCUGCCUCCUCCCCCCUCACCCUUUCCUCUGUCUUUUCUUCCUUUCCCUUCUCAUCUUUCUCUCCAUCCUUCUUCAUCUUUCAACCUUUUAACUUUGUGCCCCCUCGUUGCCGAUCCAUCCCAGCAUGCCCGAGUUCUAAGUGCACUUAACUGCCCUCUUCGCUGACUCCAGAUCGGUCCCCAGCAGUGCCACACCAGGACCUGUUCACACAAUGGACGAAAAAAGAAAACCCUGUCUGCGUUACCAACCAAGCAUUGUAAUUUCAACAUAGGAAGACAUUUCAUUUGUUGUUCUCUACGUUCUCAGUUCUACUUUAAAUGUUGCAAGAAACACAAACUCCUGUCUGUGUGUCAGGACUUGCACCAAAAAAAGGAAUUAUUACCACGGUGUUGGAUAUUUGUUUUUGAUGGUUUUUUUUGUAUGAUAAUUUAUGUACCUAAAUGUCUGUUUUCUAACUGACCGUUGAGGUUUGAGCUACAGAGAUAUUUUAAGAAAAGGCGUUUUGAAGAAAUGUUGAAAGUAUUAUGAUCGUUCUUACUGUUGAAAAUGUGUACAUAUCUGUUAUUUUUGUAUUUAUUAAUAAUUGUCCCCUUUAACUAAAUAUGAGCUAAAAGAGGGAGUUUUCCCCUCUUGUUCUGUGUUUAAUGAUAUUUAAAUUGGUCUGGUUUCUUAAAAACCUUCAAAGAAUUAGCAAGUUCUGAAAUAUAUCCUCAUCAAACGCAAACGGCCGGAUAUGAGCUUUAACUGUGGCUUCAAUUCAUCUCAUUUCCUUGUAGCUUUGUUGGUCAGUCAAAUAGAUUGUACUGUAUAUAAAGAUGGACGUCACGUCUCCUCAUCCUCCGUUUGUCCAGAAUUGAAGCCAAAAUAUCCUGGACACGGACGCUGCCAUCUUGUGCCUUUGGAGCCAGAGUCUGCGCAGUAUCAAGGUUCUGCCGAUACACACGCUCGUCAGUCUCAGCUGUCAAUCAUUACGAAUUCACCCUGUUUUCAUAGCAUCAUCACCGAAAAAUGUAAGCCUUCUUUAUAUCAGUAUGACAAAAAUCUAAAAUCUUAGAAACCAUCUUUGAAACAAAUUAUUUGACGGGUUCUUUGAAUUUCUAGUUGGGCCCAUGACACUGUCUACUUACAUUAGGAAGGAUUUAUGACAUAUGCUCAAGCAAGCCACCAGGGGGCGAUUCAUGUCGUCCAUCUUUUUAUAUAGUCAUGGGGACAAACUUCAAACUAUUUAAUUCAGGCAAAUUCUACUAACUACUAUCAUGUUGUCUGACAAGAACAAAUUGGAUUCAAUCUCCACUCGUGUAGAUCUCAUCCACACCUCAUCUGCCGUGUCCCAACUCCAUACUAAUUGCAUUCAGUACACAUGGCUUCCUCAACAUUAUAAUGUACUGUGAUUGCUGUUAGUUUGUAAGAAAUCCAAAUAUCAAAUGUUAUAUACUAACAGACAAAAUAUUUUCUCCAAAGAUUAAAUACUGAGUUUUUCAAAAAAAAUAAAUCUGGAGCAGCUUCGUCACUGCCUGCAAUUUAUUUACCUUAUUGCUGCUGUGGAAACCCUCCUCCAUCCGAUGUGCUUUACAUUUUCACAACACUUGUUUGAACCUACUCUAAUCUAUGCUCCCUUUUACACCAUAUACUUAAAGCCUAUGUAGAAUUAGUAUGGAGGUUGGGACAAAGUGUUGGUCAGCAGAUUGAAUCGUGGAGACAUUUGUAGCAAGACGAAAGUAUUUAAGUCCCAUGAUAACAGGUGGUCGUUUAUGGUUGACUAUUUAUUUCACAGGUUAAGAAUCACACUCAGUUAUGUUGUGUUUGCCCGCGCAUUGAGUGGCACUGACCAUAAUGGAAGUCAGAAUUUAUACAGAAAACAUGGUAAAAUCUCCAUUCUUAGACCAGAAAGUCCCCGAAGCACAAAGUCGUGCUUGGUCCCGAUGUCUAGAUCAGCAUGUUUACGCCUAUUUAGCUCUUUCAAGCUGACUUAAGAAUGUUAAGACGAUUUAUUUAUAUGCAACCAUCUAUAAAUGUGAAAUGUGGCAGCACCGGAUGUCAAAUAGUCCGAGAGUCCCAUUUCCCAAAGUCAGUGACAGAAUGCAUUUUCAAUUUCAUUCAAGACUCGAUCAUCUUUGGAUCCUCAUGCCCUGUGAUAUAGAUCUGAUGGUCCAAAAUGUCAGUAGACACGUCUUCUAUGCUUCUACACAACUACUUCUUCUUAUUUCUGAUGGAUACAUCCCAGAACACCAUGUGCACCUGGUGUACGCAAAUUUAAAAAAGUUUGCAAAACCAGGCAGUUGUUAGUUUUAACAUAAAGGGCCCCACAUUCCUGUUUUUUUAAUCUUUCUUCCAAAUUUCAAAACUAUACUUCAAUAUUCUCUUUUAUCUCCGAAGGAGUAGCAGUUCCUUGAACAGUUCAGCGAUACCGGCUCUGUGGUCUUUGUUUUAAUGUUGAUACACAUGGUUUAUCUGGGUACUCACGGCGUAUAAUUAACAUGCCUACAAUAACAUGUAGUGUUUUCAGUUUUCUCUCUGUUUUGAAGCCUGUUACCACCUGCCGUGCUCACACGUGAUUAAGUCGACAAACUUACGAUAAAAGACCAUCGGAUACACUAGUGUAUAAACGGUUCAUGUUGCUUUACCAGAAAUCCUUAUUUGAUUUUUUUCCAGCUCAGUAUAUUCUUUUCAGGAGUAUCUACAGAUCAAAGAUGACGAUGAUAAUCUCUGUGCUAAGAUGUUUUUGGGAAGUGCCGCCGUGUCUUAGCGAUGAUGGUAACGGAAAUGAGAAGUUACACUUUGUUGCAGCUAAAAUUCAAAAUGAAGCUCGUGGAUGUUUAUUUCAGAGCAGUUGUGUUUUUCCUUUGCUGUUGAAUUCUAUGGAGGUGUUAACAGGUCUUUUAUAAACCUUCCCCCCUUUUUUUUUUCUUUUUUUUGCACUUUUUAAUAAAGUCUUUAAACAACCUCUAUUUAUAUAAAUAUUUGAGAUAUAUAUUAAAAGAAUCUAUAUAUAUUUUUUAAAGUGUUUCUGGCAACUACAGUGAAAGAAGAUGAACAGUUUAUUCUUAGUGAGUUGGCCCCGAAACCAACCAAUGUUUUUUCUUAAUUGUAUCUGAUCCAAAUUGUGGUGAAUGUUAAAAUGCUUUUGUAUUAUUUCAGGGGGGGUUAUUUAGUCUCGUUGCAGUUGGAUCAGGAAAAAAAAAAUCCCAUCAAAACAGUUUACCAAUUGCUGUAAAAAAAAUGGUCUUUUUUCCAAGCUUUUAUUAAAUGAUUUGAAGUGGA